GUUGCAACUCAUACUCAUUGGUCAAGAUGGCCUCGUCCCACUCGUCGUCGCAAUCGCAAAAGCGCAUCCCAGAGCAAGCGACGCAACGCAAGGACCAAGUGGCCAAGUACGACCAGGAUCUUUUCUGGGACAUGGUCCACCUGAGUCUUCCGCUCCAAACUGUACUAUGUUCAAAUCAUCAUGUUGAGUAAGGACUUUUGUCGCGUGCGAGCUAAAAGCUCGCUUAGUUGCGUGGGAUUUCAUCAAGGUGCUCUUUCAUUCCUCGUGUGAGAUGUGUUUUCGUCGUCAUGUUCGGGAGCAAAAACAAAAAAAAAUAUUACAGCUGCUGGAACAGUGGACCUGGAUGUAUGACGCCAUGAUUUUCCCGAAGCAUCCUGAAGCACAGGCGUUCUUGUACGUCACGGAAGAUGAGCAGAAUUCCAUGGAAGUACGCAAUAUUGUUUCCGCAGCACAAAAACUGUUACUGCUGUUCGUAGUUGGGUCUUUGGCUCCUUCUUUACUUAUUUGCAUUAGACUUGUGACCAACUGAUAGGCUGCAUGAGGUCAGACUAGAGGCAUUUAAAGAAAAUGUUUCACACCACGAAAGGGGAGCCGUUCUGUGUGUUUACGUGCUGGGAAAUCGUCGCAUAAAUGGAUUGUUCAAAACUUCCACGUGCAUAUCGGCGCAACCAAGAAGUACAGCGCUUCAAAGAUUCACACCUUGACCGACUACGACAUGGCGGUCUUGAUUGAGAUGCUGGACCCCGAGAAGAAGCAGAAUACGAUAGAUACUGAAACGCGCACCCGAUAGCAUUCGGCUUUCGUAGGAAGAAUUCGUUUUCCGUAUGGAAGAAUCAGACGAGGUCAUGCAGAUAGAUCAUUUUGAUUAUCAUCGACAUCAAUGUGAACAUGGUGAAAUUUCCGUGCUGCAUUCAUUGCUCUGGAAACAAACGAAGCGUCGGGCUGCGGACAUUUUUCCUAUCAUACGCUAGUUGUUGCGAAGCAACCCGAAUGUGCAGAAGCUCUUCACGGUACGAACGGGCAGCAGCUUAAGCUCGUGAAAAUAAGAUGCGUGGUGGUCGAGAUAUCGUUAUUUUUCUUUUGCUAGAAGUAGAAUAUGUGGGUGUGCGGUUGGCUGUCAUGCAGCGUACUGCAGUCGGCGUUGAGCUUGAAGCCACGCCAUGCUCAUGAAUCAAUAUAGUAAUGAUAAUUUUUGGAGGAUGUACACCAUACUUUUUCUCUUAUAGUGUCCAUAAUCAUAACAAUAACAGACCUGCCUUGUCUGGCUUCAGUACCAGUUUGCGAAUCCAGGAUUCGCCUGCGUCGUCGAGAUGAUGCGCGCGAAGCAUCUUCGCUUCGUAUCCAAAGACGCAAAUGGAGAAGUGGUUCUUGGAGAAGGAGGAAAGCCACAGUUCAAAGAGCGAGAUGGGCUCAAACACUUCUACCGCAAAGAGAUCGCUUUGCUGCGGAGACGGCUCCUCUACAAAGCAUACUGGUACAAGAUAUUGCUGCAUGAUUUUUUUGUUACACAAGCAGCACAAAGAUACUCUACUGCCUUCGACUUCUCGAUGAUCUUCAGGAAUUUGUUUUCGCUCCGCAUGCAGUGUGAUGACGAGGUUCCUGUUGAAAUAUUCACGACACUACAGCAACUGCGUUACAAAGGGCGCGGCCCAGCCAGCUACCGACAGCGACGAUAAGCAUUCUGAAUCCACCACCGCGUUUUUGACUCUAGUCUGAUCAUGCGCCAUGCUUUCUCGAUGAACUUACUCCGACGUGCAUGUCACUUCCAUUUCUUUCGCAGAGGUUUUGUAUACUAACUUUACUAGACUUCGAAGCCAACGCAUGUGUUUGCAAUAUGAUUGUAGGCGAGGCCAUAAACGCACAUUUUUCCCUAGGAGUCUGGCCAUGCUGUACGCAGGCAUUGAUCUGAACCAGCUGAACAGUAUGAAAAGUCGAGCCGGCGCCGAGGCCGUCAAAACCAGGAGUGGCGCGCCGGUCUCCAUCGAGGAGUUUACCGGAGUCGUGCAGGCAGAAGAGCUCCCAGACGACGAAGAGCUAGCGUUCCUUGCGAACUUGUGAAAUUGCGCGAUUAGCACAGAAUGCAUGCUAUUGCUUCAUAGCUUCGUUGCAUCUCUGGUGGUUGAAGUAAGACGAGAGAAGUGAUUUUAUCUGUAAAUUCGAUGAUUUUUUCAGUCGUGUCCGAGUCAUCUAAGAAUUUUGCAAAUGCUAGGCGACAUUUGUUUGAAAGCAUUGGUAAGUACUAAGACUAUCAAAACCGAUUGCAGACGCACAUCUCCGACAGAAGCAUGACGUGUACACAAUAACAAAGAGGAAAACCAUCUAGAAUACAUGAUAGCUAUGAAAAAUAACUGUACACCUAACAACAACAAAAAAACGAGUUGUUUCUCAUCUGUUUAUUCCAAUGCACACGAAUGCAAAUUCUCAUCAGUUAAAGGGCUUGGAAAAGAGUACCAGCAUGAUAACUUUGGACUGGGUGAAGCAUAGGCGAUAUUAGCGCAAGGGCUUCAUCAAGUGAGCAUGAGAGCCCUAGGUUCUUCGAGGUUCG